GCCUCUUGCCUUCCCCAGAUCCCGGGCGGAGGAGGAGGAGGAGGAGGAAAAGAAGGGUGGGCGGGCGGCGAGGGAAACGAGCCCCUUCCCCCUGCACAAUGACUUCGAUCCCGGCGGCCAACUGGAGCGGGGCGGCCGAGGCGGCGGCGCCCUGGAACGAGACCUGGUCCCCGAACGGGUCCCUUUCCCCGCCGCCCCCGCGGGCGCCGGCCGCCAACUUCUCCAACCAGUUCGCCCAGCCGGCGUGGUCCAUCGCCCUCUGGUCGCUGGCGUACGGCGUGGUGGUGGCCGUGGCCGUCUUCGGCAACCUGGUGGUGAUCUGGAUCAUCCUGGCCCACAAGCGCAUGAGGACGGUGACCAACUACUUCCUGGUCAACUUGGCUUUCUCCGACGCCUCGGUGGCCGCCUUCAACACCCUGGUCAACUUCAUCUACGCCCUCCACGGCCAGUGGUACUUCGGCGACGCCUACUGCCGCUUCCAGAACUUCUUCCCCAUCACGGCCGUCUUCGCCAGCAUCUACUCCAUGACGGUCAUCGCCGUCGACAGAUAUAUGGCCAUUAUCGACCCUCUGAAGCCCAGACUGUCUGCCACAGCUACCAAAGUGGUGAUUGCCAGCAUAUGGAUCCUGGCAUUCUUGCUCGCCUUUCCUCAGUGUCUCUUUUCUAAGACCAAAGUGAUGCCCGGGAGAACCCUGUGCUAUGUUUUCUGGCCAGGGGGAAUGAAGCAGCGUUUUACGUACCACGUGAUUGUGAUUGCUUUGGUCUACUGCUUCCCUCUGCUUGUUAUGGGCAUCACUUAUACAAUUGUUGGAAUUACUCUUUGGGGUGGAGAGAUUCCAGGCGACACAUCUGAUAAAUAUCAUGAACAGCUGAAAGCAAAAAGAAAGGUGGUAAAAAUGAUGAUUGUUGUUGUGCUCACAUUUGCGGUCUGCUGGUUGCCAUACCACAUUUACUUCAUAGUUACUGGGAUCUAUGAGAACUUGAACCGGUGGAAAUACAUUCAGCAAAUCUACCUAGCCACCUUUUGGCUUGCAAUGAGUUCUACCAUGUACAACCCCAUUAUCUACUGCUGUCUCAAUAAAAGAUUUCGAGCUGGUUUCAAGAGAGCUUUCCAAUGGUGCCCUUUCAUUGAAGUAUCUACUUAUGAUGAACUGGAACUAAAGACAACCAGGUUCAAUCCUACCAGGCAAAGUAGUUUAUAUACAGUUUCAAGAAUGGAAACCAGCAUGUCCAUAGUAUUUGACCAUAAUGAUGGAGAAAGCACCAAGUCCACUCGCAAGAAGAGAGCUCCAUCACAGGAAGCCAACCUUAAUGGCUGUUCCCGCAGAAGUUCAAAAGCCACGUCGACAGUGUCAAGCUACAUUAACUCUCCGUAUACAUCAGUGGACGAGUAUUCCUAAAGCCUUAAUGCAUGCAGGAGAAACAACAUUGCUAAUAAAGAAACCAAUGCUGUUCUGCCUCAGACUCAAACAUCCAAGCUUCUGGACAGCAACAAGGCUGCAGAUCCUGAGCAGUGACUGUAUAUAUCAAUAUAUACCUAUUUAUGAUAUAUGUCCCUUCAGAUGUUAUUGGACCACUGUUCCCAUGAUACCCUCAAGCUUAUGGUGGCUAAGGCUGAUGGGAGUUGCAAUCUAGCAACAUCUGAAAGGCCACAAGUUGUUCAGCCCAAGAUUUAUGUCUUUGUUUGACUCAUCUUGUCUUUGUGGUUUGGAAGGAGCAAGACCUGCUUGUAUCAGAAUUUGGAAAAGGCUCUUUUUUUAAUAGAAUUCUAAAAAUUCCAAGGCAGAGCAAUGCUAGCCAGGGAUUAUAAGAAUUGUAGUCCAAAAAUAACUUUUCCAAGCUCUAGUUUACAUCCAUCUAAUGGCAUAAUGGCACAUUGUAAGGUGGAAUGUUUGUGCAAAUCCUUUAGUGAAGAACACAUCUGGACACUCUGAAAUCCAUGUGAAAAUGUGGUUGCAACUAAUUUACAUCCUCUUUAAUAUUUACUUGCUCUGGAUCUAAGCUGGCAAAAUCUCUUUAUAUGUGUUGGACCAUUUACUUGGGAAUUGUGAUUACUAAUGGUUCUUAUACUUCCUGUACUGUAUAUAUUAUCAAUAAGAAUGUCACAAAAGUUCUACCACCACCUGAUUUAUUUUUAAUAUAUCAUUUAGCAAGGGUGAUGCUUUUAAAAAUGAUUUAGUUUCUCUGAAAAUCAAAUCUUGCUCAUCUUUAUCACAGGCUACCCAGAUUUAAUCUUCACUAUUUAAAAGAAAAAGGGAUGUGGUGGCAUUGUAGGCUAAA